UCUGACGUAAUGAUGAAUUGAAUGUGGACAUAGUUUUAUUAUAAAGUAUUAAGUGCAAUAUUUUGUUAGUAAUAAAAGAUGUCUGCCACCGCAGUAGCCAGAACUACCAUACCAGGACCGACCACUAACCCGUACAUGGAGGCCGAGGACCAAUAUGCAGACGACAACUUCAGCACGACCUCCACCCAGCUGGACACUUACUCCAAUUAUACGGUCAACACAGAGACGCCCAUGUCGCGCCUCAGUCGGUAUGGAUUCAAGAUCCGCUCCUCGUCCAGCUUUCCCAGCAUCCUUAAUCUCUACAGCGAACCAAUCAGCGAGGAGACGCCAACAAAGAAAGAAAAGAAAAAGAAGAGAACAAAAAUUCGAUAUUCGGAGAGUGUUCGAUCUAAAGGCUCCAACCUGGAAAACUUGGUGUCAGAAUCCAGGCGGACGACGGAGAAUCGUGCAAUCCGAAUCGAAGCUGUGGCUCGCGAGCAGAUGGAGAGGUAUGAAAAGUAUAUCAAGAAACUUCAAGAUAAAGUAGAAAAACAGAGGGAAGACAGGAGGAUCAACGAAGAGGAGAUGUCCAGGAGGAUAAAGGUCCGAGAGGAGGAGCGAUUACGAAUGAGCAUAAAGAAGCGACCUAAACAGGAGCUGGUCAACGAACUGCCCUAUAUAAAACGCCUCCCAAAGUCCAAAAUGAGGAAGGUUGUGCGGCUUUCGGACGAUCUACAGAAAAAAGGUGUUCUUAAAACCCAGGGAGACGUUGACAAAUUCUGGCAGGAUUUUGGACAUUCCGGCUUAGGUCAAGAUAUUAUCAAAAAAGACCCAAAUAAAGAAGCUGACCAAUCUCCAGAGGACUGGACAGGAAUUCGACGAAAAUCAAAAGCCAAAAUAAAACUUGGCAGACAUUUAGCACCAGAAAGUCCCGACAAAUACAGUGAAGCUAGCAUACCGCCGCGAGGUCACACCAAACAUCUCGCGGAGGAAAUCUUAACGGCACGUGACAAACAUGACCCGGAAGGACUGACUCCGGAAGUGAAAUAUCCUGAAAGAAAAAGUAAAUCUCGACACAAGAAAAACUUGCCCCCCAUUGAUAAAAAGAGAGACAAAUCAGAGAAAAAUCGGAAAAAGGCAAAAUCCUGGCCUGACCGAGACCCGACCGAGGACCUCGAUGCCGACAAGAAAGAUGUUCUAGCCAACGAAGUCUAGCCCACAAAUGAAGUAAAUCUAACCUCUACGAGCAAUACAAGGAAUUCAGAUGUAAAUUUAAAGAUGGACGACUGUCACACCAAUACUUCAAAGACUGUCUUUACAUUAAAGAUGGUUUUAGAUUUUGGAGACCUAGAGCAGAGAUCGAUGCCAGCUUUAAUAUUCAGUUUUCAUCUUAUAUUAAUAUAAAAAAAACAAUGUAAUACAUACUGAUUCUUCUAAGCAAUUUUUGA